AAUUUUGGCCCGCGGGCCAUAUGUUUGACAACCCUGUCUUGUAGAAAUCUCCUGCUGCCGGUAAAAUGAUUGCAGACCCCAAGUGGCCAGAAGUACGCCAUCUAGCGGCGCUAUUUCAUCUCAACUUUAUCACCAGUGAGCCGUUAGCAUCUUUAGGUAGACUCGUCCCGGCAGGACGGUGGACACCACGUCCCCAUGCGCCCUUUCUAACCCACAUCACCACUGUAUCGAAGCAUCCCCAUCGCGCCUCUCGGAGCAGUAUGUGCUGAUCUUUUCUGCUCCGAAUGCGGGAUGAUUUCCGUCAUCUCCACGGUGGACAGCGCAGCGCGGGAUACGGGCACGAUGGCACCCAGCCUGUAUCAGCGGAUCCGGAUGGUCUUGACCAGGGAGCUGCUUGUCACCCUGGCGCUGGGUCAGAUCUUGUCCGUGUUAAUCUGUGCCAUUAGUUUGACCAGCAAAUAUCUUGCUGAUGACUUCCACGCUAACACGCCUGUUUUCCAGAGCUUUCUCAACUACAUUCUGCUGUUUUUGGUCUACACUACAACACUAGCAGUCAGGCAAGGGGAAGAUAAUCUUUUGGCCAUUCUAAAGGAGCGUUGGUGGAAAUAUAUAAUUCUGGGUAUAAUAGACAUCGAAGCCAACUAUCUGCUGCUUAAGGCUUACCACUAUACAACACUCGCCAGUGUUCAGCUCUUAGACUGCUUUGUCAUCCCUGUGGUCCUGCUGCUAUCCUGGUUCUUCCUCUUGGUCAGGUACAAGGCUGUACACUUUUUCAGCAUGGGACUGAGUUUUCUCGGAAUUGGCUGCAUGAUCGGGGCUGACAUCAUGCUUGGUCGGCAGGAGGGCAUUGUGGGCAUUGGAGACCAGAAAAUGUUCGGGGAUCUCUUAGUUCUCGGAGGGGCAACACUUUACGGGAUCUCCAACGUCUGUGAGGAGUUCAUUGUAAAGAAUCUUAGCCAUGUGGAGUUUCUUGGCAUGCUGGGACUCUUUGGAUCCUUCUUCAGUGGCUUCCAGCUGGCAAUCACGGAACAUAAGGAACUGCUAAAGGUGUCGUGGGACUGGCAGAUAGGUCUUCUCUACGUGGGUUUCAGUGCCUUCAUGUUCGGACUGUACAGCUUCAUGCCUGUAGUGAUGAAGAGGACAAGUGCCACCUUGGUGAAUCUGUCAUUGCUCACAGCUGACCUCUACAGCCUCUUUUGUGGUUUUUUUCUCUUUCACUACAAGUUUUCUGGCCUCUACCUGUUGUCAUUCUUCUUUAUUAUUUUGGGUCUACUCCUUUACUCCACCUCAUCUACCUAUGUGGCCCAGGACCCCCGAGUCUACAAGCAGUUCAAGAACACAGACAGCCACUCAAUGAUCAGCUGUCUCCAACUUAAUUCUGUUGUCAUGGAGCCUUCUGUCACUUACACCAGCUUGUGCCCUGAGAUAGAAAAUGAGCUUCCUGUACGCAUAGUAUGAUAUACUCGUCUUUUGACAGCAUGGUAUGUGACCUAUAAAAUGAUACACAAUAUAUGCUCAGAAACAUAGUGCUGGCCCUUUUAAAUACUGUGUCUAGUUUUAAUUGUGGCUUGUACAUGGCACAAAUAAUGCUGCGAAUUGGAUGGAUGGAUGGAUGGAUGGAUGGAAGGAUAGAUAGAUAGAUAGAUAGAUAGAUAGAUAGAUAGAUAGAUAG